CAAAUUAUCUCAUGGUGAGACUGAUCUAUGUAUUGGUUCUAUCAAUUCUAAUCGAUAUCGAAGUGAAUUAGUGAAUAUGAUAGGAAUGUUUGUUUCAACAUUACCAUAUCGCAUUCAACUUGAUCCACUUUGGUCAUUUGAUGAAGUAGUUAAAUAUGUACAAAAAAAAUGUUUAUCAAUUCUUACACAUUCUCAUUACCCACUUCAACAUAUUCUUGCUGAUUUACAUCUCACUCAAUCAAAUGCAUCAUUUCUUGAAACAAUGUUUGAUUUCAUCAUUAUAUCAGAUGAAGAUAAUGAUUUAUGUUUGAAUGGAUGA